AUGGCCUAUCUUCCCCAUAAUAAGGAACACCAAUCCAACCAAGAAGGUACUCCUGAGCAAAAGUCCUCUGAAGUUGAGGAACAACCUAACACUCUUGCAUCACCUGAGAACCCUCCUCCAGAGCAAUCAGAGAAGAAAAAGAAGAAGAAAAAGAAACACAGAAAAUCUCCUUCUGCAGCUACUGUUGUCGAGGCUCCUGCUGUUGCAAAAGAAACAACUUCACAGCUUGAAGCUUCUGUUACCCAUCAAGCCCAACCACAAAAUUCUGCUCAAGUUAGUCCUCAAGAUAAGCCUUCUCCUAGCAAAGCAGCUGAAGGGGUGGUUGAAGGACCAACUGGUGCGCAGCCUGAAGGUGUGCUAGAAAAAUCUCCAUCUCCUCAGCCUGUCGAAACGGCCAUCCUUAAUGAAACCUCAUCACCACCCAAAGCUCCUGGCUCGCCUCACCGCGUUUUGGAGGAUAAUACUCUUAGGCCUAACAAUGAAGAGGACCAACCUGACCAAGGCCUAACGCAACAAGAUCCUUUGACAAAUCCUGCCCAAGUAUUAAUUGAUAAUGAUCCUCCAACCAACCUUCAAGCUGACCCUGCUGCCAACCUUUCCACUGAACAAAGGCCAACAGUUGAUGGCGAGCAUUCCACUACCAAUCAACCGCAACCAAGUGGGUCAAACCAUGAGUCCAGUUCAACCAGUGCUGACACUUUCGACUCCGAUGAUGGUAACUCCUACAUUGGUGAUUCGCUUGGUGAAGAGGGGACCUCUGUGUCGAAGCCACCUCAUACUGUUGUCUUGCCAGCUGAACUUGCUAGAGAGUUAAAAGAUUUAACUCCAGCAGAUGCACUCAACAAGCUUUUGUCAAGCCAUGGCGCCUCUAGUUCUGCUAUUGAAGACACAGAGGGUAAAGAAGAUGCACUUGCGCAGGAACAGUUUGAGCAUGAAAUCAGAUUUAGGCGAGAGAUUCUUAAUGGGGAUAUGCUGGGCCUGCUUGAACGUGAUUCUUCCAUAUACUACAACAUCAAAGCCCUUUUCCGCAAACUACAGAACCCAAUGACUAACGAAGCAAUGUUCCUUCUAUUGACUCAGGCUGAAACCUUUUUAGAACAGUUCGUUAGUCAAUCUCAACUCUUAACCAGGACCAGCAACCUUCUGACAUCUCUGCUUGCAACACAGCAACACCAUUUCGAGCAAGCCAAUAAUUGCAAUGCAGAAGUCACAAAUAUCAAAGCUGCCUCUGAUGAAGCUCUCGAGCAGCUUGUGGCUUGUGAGAACAAUAUUGCUCAAUGGCAAUCUGAAAUCGAAACGUUGAAGGAAAAGGUUCGACAGGAAGAGGCUAAGAUGGAAAAACUAGCUGCAGUGGCUAUCGAAGCACAAAAGGUCAAGCUUGAUGAGCUAGCACGCGAAGGCAUCCAGCAUUACAGUGAUGGUCUGGCUGUCCAGAAGCGGGUUGAGCAUCUUACCAGUGACAAAGAGAUGCUGCAACGUAAACUGGUGUCCAUUCGAACCCAGUAUUACCAAUUCCAAGCAGCCAAUCGAAAGCCUCCUUCGCCAUCUCAACAACAACCUUGACUUUGUUAUUUUUUAGUCUUAGGGCUUUUUCUCUUUUGGAUGUUUUAAUUGUGAAUCCUUUAACACUAGGAACUGUCGAACAAUUUCGGGCAUGCCUUUUUAAUGUAUGCCCUUUUUGGCUU